GGUCAGAUCGCCUUCUUUUGAUCCAAAGAAUAUCGCAGUACCCUUUUGAUCAUGUGCACCCUGUAUAAGAAACGAAAUUAGGACAUGUAUUCCGGGCUUUUCUUGCGACUGUCUUUUUUAUAUAAACAAGAUAGUGGUAAUAAAAGCCCUGAUAAAAUUCCCUAAAUUUGAGGCAAAAUUUCAAACUCUAACGGUUAAUAUGGAGCAAACUGAGCUGAUUCAGCUCGAAAAAAUCCCACAGUUACUUAAUGCACCAUCUGUAAAAAACAUUCCAAUGCCAAUAUUAAUAAAGCAAAUCCAAUCACCAUCAGCUAAGAGCUUAGCAAAUAGCAGCCUCGUUCAAUUGACUACCUCAGCUCCCGGCCAAUCCCGGAUUUAAUAUUAAUAAACCGGCUUAUCUAAUCGCUGCCCUUUUCCUGAAUAAACUUUACACUUUCACACAGUUCCAACAUGUUUCAAGUCGAACUGGUUCUGGCAAUUCAAUGUUUUUUACUAGUUGGUGCAUUAGCCAGCUACCAUCCACUGUCCGACGAAUACAUUGAGUGGAUAAACCAAAGACAGUCUCACUGGAGGGCUGGAAAGAACUUCAACACUUCCGAAUGGACUCGAGUUAGAAACAUGGCCUCAGGAGUUUGGCCGCAAAGUUUCGCAAAAGCCCCAGUGAAAGUGAGAGGAAAUGGAGUGAUCCCGGAAUUUUUCGACGCGCGAAUGGCUUGGCCCCAAUGUGCCUCCAUCAAGCAAAUUUGGGAUCAAUCCCACUGCGGUUCCUGUUGGGCCUUCAGUGCAGCGGCGGCAAUGUCGGAUAGAAUCUGCAUUCAUUCCAAAGGCAGAUUACAAGUGUUUGUGUCUGCGGAGGAUCUGCUUGCCUGUUGUUCGGAAUGCGGAGACGGAUGCUUGGGAGGCGAAAUCCCCAGAGCAUGGUGGUAUUGGCAGGCUUACGGUAGCAAGUCCCCAAAAAAGGAGGAAAAUGUUUUCAGGAACUUGUAUUUUGAAGGUAUUGUGACUGGGGGGCUGUAUAACUCCUCCCAGGGGUGUAAAGACUACAGUCUGCCCCCUUGCGAGCAUCACAUUGAGCGCCAGAGCAGGCCCCAUUGUGACGAUUUGGCUUUGCAAACUCCCCAAUGCGUUAGAAAGUGUUAUUCGACUUCAUUGCAAUAUGAGGACUCGCUCACAUUUGGCGGCCAAGUGAAGCAGUUUCUGACCGUAGAGGAAAUCCAGCUGGAGAUUUUGGAGAAUGGCCCUGUCGAGGGUGCGAUCGAGGUUUUCGACGACUUUUUCAGCUACAAAUACGGUGUCUAUAAAAGGACCAGCCACUACUACAUAGGAGGUCACGCCAUUAAAAUAAUUGGAUGGGGCACAGAGAAGGGCAUCCCGUAUUGGCUGUGCACAAAUUCUUGGAACAACGACUGGGGCAAUCGUGGAUACUUCAAGAUCAUUCGGGGAGAGAAUCACUGCGGCGUUGAAGACCAAGUGUUUGCUUCCAAGCCAAGGAUUGUGGAUUUAGAGUAGUGUUGGCAAUGUUUCGAGGGUUCGGAAAAAAUAAACAGUUUCAGCUU